AUUAAAUCUGAUUUCAUGUGGAAAAAACUUCCGAGCAACAGUAACCUGUCGGUAUUAAUAUGGUCCGGCCAUUUCGUUCCAUGUUUGACCAAGAAACCAGGAUAAUCAAUUCCAUUAGAAGCUGAUAAUCCACUUAUUUGCACUCAAAUUCCGGAUCAUCAUUUUCCCUAACACCGAUUCAUCGUCAUCUUUAUUUUUACUUUUUUCUUUACGAUCUUCGUCGUUUAUGUACGUUGCUCGUACGCGGCUUCUGUCUGGAAAUCACUGGGAAUCUCCGCAUCAUCUGACAAAGAAUGACCCCUUUUUAAAGACUUUUCUCCCUCUCAUUGGAGGACCAUUUUCCCAGAAUUUUUCCAUAUGUAAUGCGUGUCUGGAAGCAAGAAAAGUUAAUCUCACAAAGUUGAGUGGUUAAAAAUGGAGAGCUAUUUGAAUGAGAACUUUGGGGGGGUGAAGGCGAAGAACUCGUCGGACGAGGCGCUGCAGCGGUGGCGGAGCCUUUGCGGCGUCGUGAAGAACCCCAAGCGCCGCUUCCGCUUCACCGCCAACCUCUCCAAGCGUUAUGAGGCUGCUGCCAUGCGCCGUACAAAUCAGGAGAAAUUGAGGAUUGCAGUUCUUGUUUCAAAGGCUGCGUUUCAGUUCAUACAGGGGGUGAAACCGAGUGAGGAUUACACUGUGCCUAAGGAGGCAGAGGCCGCGGGAUAUCGAAUUUGUGCAGAAGAACUGGGAACAUUAGUUGAAGACCAUGAUCUGAAGAAACUGAAAUUCCAUGGUGGGGUGGAGGGUAUUUCUGGAAAGCUGAGAACCUCUAUUGACAAUGGCCUCACUACUGAUCCAGAAGCUCUUAACCGCAGGCAGGAGCUUUUCGGCAUCAACAAGUUUCUUGAAAGUGAACCCAAGAGCUUUUGGGUUUUCGUAUGGGAAGCCCUUCAAGAUAUGACUCUAAUGAUUCUCGGCAUUUGCGCCCUGGUUUCCCUACUCGUUGGUCUAGCAACCGAGGGAUGGCCUAAAGGGGCCCAUGACGGGCUCGGGAUAGUCGCGAGUAUCCUAUUGGUUGUGUUUGUCACUGCCACCAGUGACUACCGUCAGUCUUUACAGUUCAGAGACUUGGACAAGGAAAAGAAGAAAAUAUCCAUUCAGGUCACUCGGGAUGGAUAUAGACAGAAGAUGUCAAUAUACGAACUUGUUCCUGGGGACAUUGUGCAUCUUGCAAUUGGAGAUCAAGUCCCCGCAGACGGACUUUUCCUCUCCGGAUUCUCAGUUUCGAUAGAUGAGUCGAGUUUGACGGGUGAGAGUGAGCCGGUAAUGGUCAGUGAAGAAAACCCUUUCCUAUUAUCCGGAACCAAAGUCCAAGAUGGUUCCUGCAAGAUGUUGGUCACCACGGUUGGGAUGAGGACACAAUGGGGAAAACUCAUGGCCACCCUCAGCGAAGGAGGAGAUGAUGAAACUCCCUUGCAGGUGAAACUAAAUGGGGUGGCGACAAUCAUAGGAAAAAUCGGGCUCUUUUUCGCAGUUGUGACAUUCGCCGUGUUGAUCCAGAAGAUGUAUGUCAGGAAGCUCCAUGAAGGGACCCACUGGAGUUUGUGUGGUGAGGAUGCACUCGAACUGCUGGAAUACUUCGCAGUAGCUGUCACCAUUGUGGUCGUUGCUGUCCCCGAGGGACUACCCCUGGCGGUCACACUAAGCCUGGCUUUCGCCAUGAAACAGAUGAUGAAUGAUAAGGCUCUCGUACGAAACCUGGCCGCGUGUGAGACAAUGGGGUCUGCCACGACGAUCUGCAGUGACAAAACUGGGACCCUAACCACGAAUCGAAUGACUGUCGUCAAGACUUGCAUAUGUAUGAAAGUCAAAGAUUUAAACACUUCAAGUGAUGCAAAUGAUAUCCGAACCCAACUUCCAGAUAAUGUCCUCCAAGCGCUUCUCCAGUCCAUAUUCAACAACACGGCAGGUGAAGUGGUGGCUUCCAAAACUGGGAAACGUGAAAUGUUGGGAACACCAACCGAGACAGCAAUACUUAAGUUUGGUUUGGAUCUUGGUGGGGAUUUCCAGGCUGAAAGAAAGGCUUGCAAAGUAGUAAAAGUCGAACCUUUUAACUCCACCAAAAAAAGAAUGAGUGUAGUAUUAGAACUUCCUGAAGGACGUUUACGUGCUCAUACUAAAGGUGCUUCAGAGAUAAUAUUGGCUGCCUGUGACAAAGUGAUUAAUUCUGAUGGUGUGGUUGUGCCACUGGAUGAGGAGUUAUGUAAUCAUAUGAAUGCCACUAUCAAUGAGUUUGCCAACGAAGCACUUAGAACGUUAUGCCUUGCGUAUCUCGAUUUGGAAAGUGGGUUCUCACCUAAUGAUGAUAUUCCGGUCUCGGGUUAUACUUGUGUGGGGAUAGUGGGGAUAAAGGAUCCGGUUCGGCCUGGAGUUAGGGAAUCUGUUGCUCUCUGUCAUUCUGCUGGUGUCACUGUUAGGAUGGUCACUGGAGAUAACAUCAACACUGCAAAAGCUAUAGCAAGGGAAUGUGGGAUUUUAACUGAUGAUGGUGUUGCCAUUGAAGGUCCUGUAUUUAGGGAGAUGAGUCUCGAGGAGAUGCACAAAAUCAUUCCUAAAAUCCAGGUGAUGGCUAGAUCUUCACCACUAGACAAGCACACAUUGGUAAAGCAAUUGAGAACAACAUUUCAAGAAGUUGUGGCAGUAACUGGUGAUGGAACUAAUGAUGCUCCUGCACUUCAUGAAGCUGAUAUUGGGCUUGCAAUGGGCAUUGCUGGGACUGAGGUGGCCAAAGAGAGUGCUGAUGUAAUCAUUCUAGAUGACAAUUUCUCAACUAUCGUGACAGUAGCUAAAUGGGGACGCUCAGUUUACAUAAACAUUCAGAAAUUCGUUCAGUUUCAGUUGACUGUUAAUGUUGUUGCUUUGAUUGUCAACUUCUCUUCAGCUUGUUUAACCGGUAGUGCCCCAUUAACCGCUGUUCAACUUUUGUGGGUGAAUAUGAUAAUGGACACAUUGGGAGCACUUGCCUUAGCAACUGAACCCCCUACUGAUGAGCUAAUGAAGAGGGCUCCAGUAGGAAGGACAGGAAGUUUUAUCACAAACGUAAUGUGGAGGAAUAUCUUGGGUCAAUCUUUAUACCAGUUCAUAGUUAUCUGGUUUCUUCAGGCUUGUGGAAAAUUCAUAUUCCGUCUUGCUGGCCCUAAUGCGGAUUUGACCCUCAACACACUUAUUUUCAACUCAUUCGUCUUCUGUCAGCUGUUCAAUGAGGUGAAUUCUCGGGAGAUGGAGAAAACAGAUGUGCUUGAAGGCAUACUAAACAACUAUGUGUUCGUGACAGUCAUCAGUGUCACUGUCAUCUUCCAGAUUAUAAUCAUCGAAUACUUGGGCACGUUUGCCAACACAACUCCUCUUAGCUUCUGCCAGUGGUUCCUUAGCGUAUUCUUUGGUUUCUUGAGCAUGCCAGUUGCUGUGUACCUGAAGAAGAUUCCAGUAUGAACAAGUUCCAUGUGAGAUGGAUCAGCAUCUCUAGUUUUUGUGAAGUUGCGUUUAGAAGUUAAAAAAGUACAUUUCUUCCCAGAAAUUUUUAACUAUGUAUCCAUAUUUUGGAAGGAUAGUAAGUAACUUAGUAACAUCCCACUUCACUUUUUUCUCUACUUUAGUUGUAGGGUGAUUCCUUGUAAUAGCUUUGUUUGAUUGACUUGGAAAACGAAUUCUUAUUACUUGAUAAUGUUAAUGUCUU